AUGCCUCUAAAACCUCCCAAGUAUGACCCGCGAAAGGGCAAAGCAAGAGAAAGACACGCAAUUAACGCAGCACAAAGGAGCGAGCAUUCGAAAGCCUUGAAAUGUUAUGUGUGUAAUGAAGACCACAAAGUGAUAGAAUGUCCUACCUUAGCUGAUUCCACCGUCCCAGAACGUUUCAACUUAGUGAGAGAGGCAAGAUUGUGCUUUUCUUGCCUGAAUAAAGGUCACGUGACGAGAGACUGUAGAUGGAAGAAAAAAUGCGAGAAAAAUGGAUGCACAAGACUUCAUCAUCAACUGUUACACGAAGAGCCUGGAACAAUGAGCGGUAUAUCAUCGGUGCUAGACAAGGGAAGCAUACUACCAGUUGUUAGAGUUUGUUUCAGAGCACCAAACGGUCGAACACGCGAAGGAAAUGUCCUCAUCGACAGCGGCGCAGGCACAACAGUAAUUCGAAAGGAUUAUGCCCGAUCACUUGGUCUGCAAGGCAAACGAGAAAAAAUUGAUCUAGCCGUUGUUGGAGGAGAAAGAGUUGAACAACCCCGAAGCAGAAAAGUGACUUUCUCAAUCUCAGCACUCAACGGAGCCGAAGAGCACAGAAUAGAAGACCACGAGAUCGAGAAAACCGUGUUAAGUGUCCCACGUUUGGAUCGUCCGUGGUUGAAAUCAUUUGCACACCUUCGAGACAUCGACUUCUCGCAUAAAGCUGGUCCAAUUGAUCUUAUCUUAGGUGUCCAGUUCAGUCAUUUGCACGCCGAAGAUGAAGUACGUCAAGGCCGUCAAUUUGAGCCUGUUGGGAAAAGAACGAAGCUAGGAUGGUUUGUCAUCGGUUCUGAUAGUUCACAGAAAACGUCCAAAGUAUGUUCAUUAAGUUUUGUCCAACCCGUCAACCUAGAGAAAUUCUACGAGUUUGAAACUCUCGGAAUCCAAGCUCCCCAAUGCCAUUGCCCACAGAUAGCUAUGUCACCUGACGAUAGAAGAGCCAUCGAGUUAAUAGAGAACUCCUGUAAGCAGCAAGGAGGGAGAUAUAUCAUUGGACUUCCUUGGAAGAAAGAUAAAAAUCUUUUGCCUAACAAUUAUUCACUCGCUGAGAAAAAAUUGUUUUCGCUGGAAAGAAGCCUGAAAAGGAACGAUGUUAAGGCUAGUCUGUACAAUCAAGUCAUGAAUGAGUACGAAACAAACGGUUGGUCGCGUCAGUUGUUACAAGAAGAAGAAGAAGCCAAAGAUAAACCAUCGCCGGACAUGGCAAGUUACAUUAUGAUCAAGAUCGCGAAUGAAAAUGAGUCCCAAUGUCCUCGAGCUGCCGUGAUUCUCAAACGUGAUCGAUACAUGGAUGAUCUUAUUCAUUCAAAAAGCACGCUGGAAAAAGCAGAAAAGUCCAAAGGCGAAGUCUACGACGUGUUAGCUACGGGGAGUUUUAAGAUAAGGGAAUGGUUUGUUUCGUCGUCUGUUCAAGAAAUGCAAGCUGAGAACGUUUCUAGUCCUGAAGAAGAAAAUCCUGAUUUCAAAGAUAACGUGAUUGGUGAAAAUAGUGAAUGUACAACGACAAAGAAUGUCAACCUAGACGGCGAAGAAGGAAUCAAAACCUUAGGAGUCACCUGGAAUCCGCAGACCGACAAAUUCAGUUUUUCAGUAAAGGAAAUAAAGAUAGAAACGUUAACGAAGAGAACACUUCUGUCGAGAAUUUCACGUUUGUUUGAUCCUCUUGGAUUGGCUUCUGUAGUAACCAUCAAAGCAAGAGUCGCUCUCCAAGAAAUCUGGAAAGCAAAGAAGUAUGACUGGGACGACCCACUGCCUGAAGAAAUACUUACUUUGUGGUACAAACUUUUCCGAGAAUUGGAAAGUUUAAACACGAUUACAUUUCCGCGUUGUUUACGUCCUGAUGAAACUUGUGGUCCAUUCGAGUUGCAUGUAUUCGCUGAUGCCAGUGCCACAGCGUAUGGAGCGGUUGCAUAUCUUCCUGGCCCACCAAAGAAGGUCCCAAAGUUAAUCUCAUCGCCUCGAGAGUAA